AUGAUGAUGCGAACCGUUGUGUGUUUUCUGGUUUUUCUGCUGAGUGUUGCCUCUGUCUGCAUGGAAGCUAACGCGUUUACGAAUGAACCUUUUGUGGUAGCUGGAGAUGGCAACGGAGGUGAUGUCUUUACAGCCCUCUUUAAUGAAAACCUUCAUCCAUAUACCCCAGACUGUGCUGGAAGUUCAAACUUGUGUGGCAGACCUGUUACGCCUGAGAAACAAAUUCCGGCUGAAGAUCCUAACUCAGUUCCGACGGAUCAAGAAAGGCUUCGUGCAGGAGAGAGACUCUCUACCACUGAAGAAACUUCUUCACGACGAGAACAAGAUGCUGGGAAGGAGAUGGAUAAAGAAAAAAUAACACGUGCCGAUUCUCCAUCCGCCGAAGAUGGUAGAGGUGAUGACAUUGUGGGUGAUAUUCCUGCCCCUCAACCGGGCCACAAUAAACCUGGUACUGGAGGUGAACCCAAUCUUGGAGAACAAAUCCAACCUCCAGAGUCUACUCCACCUACACAAGGUAACCCAGGAUCAUCAAAUAACAGAGGGGAUAACAGUACAACGGGCGAUUCUAAUCCCACCGAGCAAGCAUCUCCUGCAGAGGCAAGUACAACUAACGCAACAGCUUCACAAGAGAAUGGCAGUGUUGAUUCAACAGCCACCAACACUAAUACUACCACUGAAGCACCGACAACAACAACACUUUCUCCUGUACCCAACGCAGAGAUCAACACUAUUACUUCCACAGUUCAGAAGAAGACUAAUGUUGACAGCAGUGUCAGUUCUGUGUGGAUGGGCACUGCAGCACCGUUGAUGAUUGUGGUUGUGUUGUUCUCCGCUACUGUGUGCUGA